AUGUCUGUUCUAAAACAUUUUGAGCACCUCAGAAUACGACUAGAAGUUAUAAAAUCAGCAACUAAUAACUUUGCUAAAGAAAGCUGCAUCGGAAGAGGAGGAUUUGGGAAAGUCUACAAGGGAGAACUCCUCCAUUCGAAGGGGCAUAGCAUGGUAGCUAUAAAACGUUUAGAUCGUGCUUUUGGGCAAGGUGACUCUGAGUUUUGGAAGGAGCUCAUUAUGCUUUCAGUUUAUAGGCAUCAAAAUAUUGUCUCCCUCAUAGGGUUUUGUGAUGAAAAAGGCGAGAAAAUUCUCGUGUACGAGUAUGCAUCCAACAGAAGUCUAGACUUGCAUCUCGACAACAAGGAUCUAACGUGGGUUUGGCGCCUUACGGUUUGCAUCGGGGCAGCUCGUGGACUAGCAUAUCUUCAUGAUCCUGUUGAGACCCAACAAAGAGUAUUACAUCGUGAUAUUAAAAGUUCAAACAUCCUAUUAGAUGAAAAUUGGAACGCCAGAAUUGCAGAUUUAGGUCUAUCCAGAUUUGGUCCUGCUAACCAAAAAUACACAUUUCUUGUGACCAAUAAUACUGUAGGCACCAUUGGCUAUUGUGAUCCUCUAUAUUUAGAGACUGGAUUACUAACAAAGGAGUCCGAUGUCUACUCCUUUGGUGUGGUUUUGUUUGAAGUAUUGUGUGGGAGAUUGUGCUUUGGAAAUAAUGGAUCCUUUACUCAAUUGGUCCGAAAGCAUUACAAACGGAACAACCUCAAUGAAAUUGUAUGGGGCAAUAUAAAAGAUGAAAUACAUCCUAGUUCUUUGAAGGUGUUUUCAACAAUUGCUUAUCGAUGUUUGAAGUGUGACAAUGAAAAACGUCCAUUAAUGAAGCAGGUUGUGGCAGAACUUGAGACUGCCCUUGAAUAUCAACUCUCAACUGCUUCAGUAUCAACACCCACAUACCAGCCCGGUUUUGAAAAGCUCAAACAAGAAAAGGUUGAUCUCCGAGAACAUUGGAGACACCAGGAUCAGUACAAGUGGUUGGAAACUCAUGGAGUGGAAGAGGAGAAUUUGGUCGAUAAUCUGCCAAAGGAUCCAAGAAAAGACCUAAAGCGACAUAUUUGUGUUGACUUGGUCAAGAGGGUUCCCUUGUUCAAGGACAUGAAUGAGACGCAACUCCACGACAUUUGUCAACGACUGAAGCCGAGAUUAUACACUGAUAAUACUUACAUCAUCCAAGAAGGAGAUCCUGUCGAUAAAAUGCUCUUCAUCAUACGUGGUCAUCUUGAGAGUACAACCACAUACAAAGAGAAAAGCAGUGUCUUCAACAAUGGUUAUCUAGGAGAUGGUGACUUCACUUCCGAGGAGCUUCUUACCUGGGCAAUUGACCCUAAAUCCGGUGCUAACUUCCCAUCUUCCACUAGAACCUUGAAGGCGUUAAGUGAGAUAGAGGCAUUUGCAUUACCAGCUAACGAGUUGAAAUUUAUUGUCCAUCACUUUGGGAUUCCCCAGAAACAGCUACAACACACUUUUCGAUUUUACUCUAAGCGGUGGAGGACAUGGUCGGCGUUCUUUAUUCAAACAGCCUGGCAGAGAUAUUCCAAGAGGAAGGUUUUGAAGCAGCGAAGGAUGGAGGAAGAAGCUGAAUUGAACACAUGCAUCAAUGGAGGUGGUGUCGGUGGAACUUCCUCCAGUGUCGGAGCUACGUUUUUGGCCUUGACAUUUGCUGCCAAGGUGAUUCUUGGAGUCUACAGAAACCGGAACCUUAAGAUUGCAAGGGAAAUGAUGAAAUUGCAAAAGCCUCCAGAGCCGGAUUUUAAUGCUCAUGCUGAUUAGUUAGUGAUCACUGGAUGACAUGAUAGUAUUAGAGCUGAUUAUGUGUGUUGCUAAUUUCUUGGAUCUUGUGCUUGUACAUUAACGAAAUUAUACAUAUAUAUAGGCUUCGAAUGCUUUUAUGAGAAGAAAUCCAGACAACGAAUUUAGCAGAAUGGCCAAAAAAAAUCUUGGUGGCUUGUAAAGUUCUAAUUUGCUUUAUAUGAGAUUUGGCGCUACAAAAUGUAAGCUAUGCAAGCUAUAUAUAAGAUAGAUCUCACCGGUCUUUGUUUGGGGUUUUUGAUUGAAUUUGGUUUUGUAAUUAUGUUUGUAAAAGACUAUGUGAUGAUGCC